AUGAUUACAGAAUGGUGCCUGGAGGAAGAGGCAGGUGCGAGGGCCUCAUAUCCCCCUAUUGCUCCAGAUAGAUCCAGUACCGAGCUUCUCCGUACACCAGCCAACUCAGCAACUCAACAUGUCCCCCACAUCGACAUCUACGCCGCCCGGAUCCGCCUCGGCGACCUCCAAGCACGGACCAACAACCCCACAGAAAAGCCCACGAAACAAGACCUGAACACCGCCUGGGCGCAAUCACUGCUAAGCUGCAGUGGACUUCGUCUAGAGGGAAAGCUGAUCGGACUCUUCCGCAAGUGUAAAUUCGACCCAGGCGACCUGGGCACCACGACGGCAGGAUUCAGUCCUGAUCCAGAAACGGGAGCCCCGCGCGAGCUUCUGAAUGGGGUUAUGACUGUUCUUCGACAGCCAGUGGGCGACGAGCCUUUAUUAACGAAGUGGGAGAUUUCGGAUGGGCCAAGGCGGUUCUUUGAGGUGAUCUCUCGUUGGGGGUAUCCGUGGCGCUUGAUGACGGGUGGACGGCAUGAGAUGAGUGUAGAGGGGCCGUUUGAUGGCGAAGGGGAUGAGGAGGGUCUAGGGCCAUUCGUGGAGGUGCGCUUCGCUUCGGCGCACACGUAUGAGAUUGUGCCUGAGGAGGGAAGUCUUUCACAGCAGAAGACUAUUCCGAAAUGGGUUGCAAGGUUGCAUUGGAAAGUCGGCACUAGCCCACCGAGGAUAGUAAUAUCCGCGGAAGAGAAUUUUCAUGGGUCCGAAGGCACAGAAGUCCUCCAGGGCACUCUUACUUCCUCGUGCAAUGCACAUGGCCUAUGGAGUAAGGCGCGCUUCGAUAUUCACACGGAUAAAAGGUCCACCGCUGUGGUAGCAACAGCGAAAACCACAGCUAAGUAA